ACAGUAACUUUAGUGUGAGCCGAUAACUUUAGGCAGACGGCCACAAAAAUCGAAAUUUUUUUUGUGGGGCUUUAAGGGUCGUUUUUGAAAAGAAAAAAAAUUGAAGAAAUAAACAAAGAAAUUAGAAGAAUUGAAUAAAACGUUAGAAAACAACUGUGAUUUUUUUGUGAAAACGGUUGGAAAAAAUGUUAUAAAGAAGAAAAGUUUCGAAAAGAAAUGAAAAUUGUUUUAAGCAAAUGCUCAAUUUCGCUGAGUUUGUGGAUUUAAUUUAAAUAAAAUGUUUUUGAUGAUCUUGUAAAAAAUUUAUAAAAAAAAAUUCUUUACAUUUUUAAUAAGCUGGAAGUGUUUAAAAACGCUUUUAAAUAAUUGCAUUCUGUUAAAAACGCGUUUAAUCGUAAGAGUGUUCUUAACUUGGCCAGAAGUUAAAUGCGCUCCCUAAAACGGUUUAAACAAAAUUAACUAUUUUUUUGGGGGAAAUUUAAUCGGAAAAAAAUAUUGAAAAUUUAAAAUUUUAAAAUAUUUAAAAUUUAAAUUAAAAAUAAAAAAAUUAUUAACAAAUUUUGUAAGAAAUAAUAAUUGUGUUCAAAUAAUAAAAAUAUUUAAUUUUAAAAAAAUUUUCCAAAAAAAAGUGUUGCGUGUUUGAGAAAAAAAACCUCUAAAAAUUCCCCACAACUUUUUAAAAACCUUAAAUGUUUUAUUUUUUUUCUGUUAAAAUUGUUGUAAUAAUUUAAUUUAAUAUUAUUGUUGUUGCUGCUGAAAGACCACACCAACUAAGGUUUUAACUCCCUACUCUUCAACUUACCCGUUCAACUUCAUCAUCAUCACCAUCAGCAGCGUCUUUCAACAUCAUUAACACCAACCAACUGCUGAAAAUAAAAAGAAAAAUUGUUUAAUUCCGCACGCCUUUUAUUUAAGAAAAAAAUUUCUAAUUUUUCAACAUAAUUUUAAUUUAAAAAUACAAAAACAACAAAAAACAUGUCACAUUUAAUUGGUAUUUUAUUGGCCCUGGUGUCGUUAGCGGUCACAACAUGUCGAGCACUGCCAGAUUUUCACAAACAAAUGUCACCCCAACAAUUGCAAUCGAUAUUUCAUGUCGAUACCCCCGAUGCCGUGCCACACUAUGAAGUUGUUCAACUUUUACAUCACAAUACACAAGAACCAGCCUCUCAACCACACUACAGCCACAGUAAUCAUUAUCGACGUAGAAGACGCAGUGUUGAAGCACUAAUGCAAAUGCAAGAUCUCAAACAACAGCAACAACAACUACGCGAUACACAACAUGUCAAAAAGGAUUUAAGUAAAAAUCCCUAUUAUAGUGAGCUGAAAGAGAAAUCAGCCAAGUCUAGAACAAGUAUAAAUAGUGUAUUGGAGACGACGUCAACGUCAUCAUCAUCAUCGUCGGCGGCAAAGUCAGACAAAGAGAUUAAAGAUAUUAAAGAGCAUAAAGUAUCGUUUAAUGCGUUUGGUAAAAAUUUGAAUUUGACACUGAAACAGACAGAGGGUCUUUUCAAAAAUGGCCAAGUGCAUCGUUUACCCAUGUGGUAUGUGGAUAAUGAAAUGAAUGCCACACAUGGUUUAAAUUUACAAAAGAUUGAAGAUGAGCUUAAUCAUACCAGUGAUAAUGUUGGUCAAGUCUUUCAAGAUGAAGAAAAUAUGGCAGCAAUUUUAAUGAGACGUCAUGAAGUAACCGGCGAUUUAGUAAUGGAGGGCAGUAUUGGUCAUGAUAUGGUGAUAAAACCAUUGCCUCAUGACUUGUCACCUAAUCAAAAGGAAACUUCACAUCAUGUGAUAUUUAAACGAGAAGUUGAUACUUCAGAACAUUUAAGUGAUUUUGCCUUCAUGGAACCCGAUGAUGUUGCCACUAGUGAAAAAUUAGAAAAAUUACAAAAUCGCCACAAAAGAUCUGCUCAUCGUACCACCCUGGAAGAUAUAGAACUAGAAGAGGAACAACUUGAAGCCGAUGAUGGUCUAGAGGAAAAUGAAUUUGCGGAUCAUAAACGGGCCAAGCGGCAAGCUCCCUAUAUAAUAUAUCCAGAAAUUUUAGUAAUUGUAGACUAUGAUGGCUAUCGUCUGCAUGGUGGUGAUAAUUUGCAGGUGAAACGUUAUUUCAUCUCUUUCUGGAAUGGUGUUGAUUUGAGAUAUCGUUUACUCAAAGGUCCUAGAAUACGCAUCAGUAUAGCUGGCAUUAUUAUAUCAAGAGGUCGAGAUGCUACACCUUACCUGGAAAGAAAUCGUGUUGGUAGAGAUGCUAUUGAUUCAGCGGCCGCUCUAACCGAUAUGGGUAAAUAUUUGUUCCGUGAGAGAAGAUUACCCGUCUAUGAUAUAGCCGUAGCCAUAACAAAACUUGAUAUGUGCAGACGUACCUCCGCAUAUGGAAAUUGUAAUCGUGGUACAGCAGGCUUUGCUUAUGUCGGAGGCGCCUGCGUGGUGAACAAACGUUUGGAAAAAGUCAACAGUGUUGCUAUCAUUGAGGAUACUGGCGGUUUCAGUGGCAUCAUUGUUGCUGCUCAUGAAGUGGGCCAUUUACUUGGUGCUGUUCAUGAUGGUUCACCACCCAUUUAUUUGGGUGGACCUGGAGCUCACGCUGUCGUUGGGAAAGAUGGUUAUAUAAUGUCGAUUUGCGACAUCAGAAAGAGGUUUCCGUUGGUCUCCUGUACAGUGCAAAAGUUUAAUUAAUUCUUAAAUGGUGACACAGCAACAUGUCUGCACAAUGCUCCCCAUGAAGACAGUGCUUUGGGACGCUCACUACCCGGUACACUGCUCUCACUAGAUGCUCAGUGUCGAAGAGAUCGCGGUACCUAUGCUUGUUUCAAAGACGAGCGCGUUUGCGCGCAAUUGUUCUGUUUCGAUGCUCAAACAGGUUACUGUGUAGCCUAUAGACCGGCAGCGGAAGGUUCAUCGUGCGGUAAUGGUUUGCAUUGUUUGGAUGGACGGUGUACACCAUUACCCUCAAAUGUUAUACCCAAUUAUGGACAUCAAUAUCGUUUGGGAUACAAAACCAAUGAGGCUAUUGGUAAUGAUUAUGAAAAUAAAUCCAAAGAUUUGGAAGAUAAUUCCAAUAACGAAGAUGAUGAGGAGGAGGAAGAAGAUGAAGAGGAAGAAGAAGAUAGUAGUGAAGAAGAGGAAGGGGGAGAAGAAGAUGAUGAUAAUGAUAAUGAAGAUGAAGAAGUAGAUAGUAAUUAUAGUGAUAAACAUACAGCCACUAAUGAUGAUGAUGAAUUAUAUCUUAAUGAACCUUUAAAGGAACUUAAUGAAAAAGAUUUAAAUAUAAAGAAUAUAGAUUUAUUUAAAGAUAAUAAUGUGGAUGAAACUAUGCUUAAAGUACAAGAUGAACAAGACGAAACUAAAGAUACUAUAAGAAACAAAACAAAUCAUACACAAAAUACAAAUUCAAUCAAUUUUAAUACUUAUCAGUAUUUGGCACAAUUAUGGCAAAAUUUACAGACUACAACAACAACAACAACUAGAAAACCUUUAAAGAUUUCUAAAGAACACAUAGUAAAACCCGAACAGCUACAGCUACAAAACCACAAAGCUAAGCAGGUUCGGGAACCAGUGGUGGUCAAGACAAGUACUAAGACUAGCAUAAGCACUAGUAGUGCUAGUACACGUAGUCAUAACCACAAAACUACAGCUACAACCACACAGCCACACAACCACAACACUUUAAACACACAAAACACAGCUACAACACCAUCCACUACAACCACAACUACAGCUACAACUACAACUACUUCUACACUUUUUAAAAGUUUACGCAAACAAUUUCAAUACUAUUUAAAAUUAUUACAAGAAAAUAAUAGUGAUAAUAGUAGUAGAAAUAAACGCUUAACAAAUAGUAAUAAACAAAAUUACAAUAGACCAAAAAUUUUGCCUUCUAAACCCUCUAGUAACAGUCUACAAAAUGCAGCUGCCACAAAUCCAGAGCAACAGCAGGAAGAGCAGGAGGAACACGAAGACAAUGAUGAAGAUGGCGAAACAGCUGAUGAUGGUGCAAACAAUGAGGGCAAUGGUGGUGAUGAAGAAAAUGAUGAAAGCAAUGAAACUAUAGAAAAACUAAAACGUAAGUUGUCGUCUAAUUCCCUAACAACAAAAACUUUGCAACUACAGCAACAGCAAUUGCCCACCACUGUUAUGCCCCUAACUACUACUUACUUAGCUACUGCCACGCCUCGUUAUGGCAGUAAAUCCAGCACCGCUAGCACAGGACGUAGUAGCUUAGCCACGCCCAUAUUUUAUGAUAACUAUACUAAGAAAACCCAACAAAAUCAAAAUAGCAAUCAAAGGCCUUCAACUGCUGCGGAAAAUAAAACCAAAUUAAAAGAUUCCAAACAGUCCAAAACACAGGAGGCUAAAGCAGAAGAUGAAGAGGCUACAUUUGAGGCCCAAUUUCUAAAACGUACGCCUGUUAAUACUCGCUCCACAAACGAGGAAGAGGAUGUUAAUGAUGCCUUUACUAGUAGUAGUAGUAGUAGUUUAAAUAAUAAUAAUCCUUAUUUUAAUACUAAAACCACCAAAACUACCGGUAAACGUAGUAAUAGCAAUAAUUCUAGAUAUAAUAAUAACAAUCAAAAUAAUGAAUCGACACGUUUACCCCAACAACAACCACAACAACAAACGCCUCUAUUUGUAACAAAUUAUAUUGGUGAUAAUACACAGCAACGUUUAACCACCAUUCGACAACAGCAACAACAUCACCAACCGCAACAGGCAACUUCUACUACAACAUCCUUGCAACAUUAUAAUAAUCAUCAAAUAUCUACCACACCAACACCACCACCACAACAACCAUCAUCACCUUACCAUCAACAACAACAACAAUCAUAUGAUUCUAUAUAUUUACUCUCUAGCACCACCAGAAGACCUAAAAUAAAAACACAAAAACUUAUACGAAGAUUACGCACACAAAUCAAAUGAAAUCAUCAAAACAUCACCCAUCAAACUAAAACAAACUUAAAAAUUUAUCCAAAAACUGCUAAAUUCUUGUAAACUCAAGAAAUUUUAAAACAAAAUUUGAAAAAAAAAACAUAAACCGUUACUAUUUUUUGUUUAUGUGCGUGGUUAAUUGGAAAGCCUUUCCAUUUUGAUGAUAACUGCUGUUGUUGUUUUUAAACUUUUAACUUUAAAACCGAAGGUGUUUUUUUCCUUAGAGGAUAUAAAAUAAAUCUAUAGAAAUUAAAGAAAUUUAGUUAAAAUUUUAUACAUUUUUAUAAAAAAAACUCAAACGCAAAACAUACUCGUGUACAAGUGUAAAACUACAAGCUGUUUAUCAUCUUAAUUAACAUUUAAACUUCAUAAUCAUUAAAGAAAAACUUCAUUUCAAUAAUACCAUUUCAUUACACAACAUUUGAAUUUUUAACCCUUGACUCCCCCGACACCUAAUUUAAACACCAAUCGCUCAACCAACCAACCAACCAACCACUUCAUACAAUCACACUAAUCGUUUAAUUGUAUUUUGUAAAGAAAAAAAUUGUUUGUAUAAAGUAAUUGCCAUUAAUUUUAAUUAUUUUUUUCAAUUAAAUUCAAAUUGAAUAAUAUCGUUGUUAAGUGAAAAAAAAAACUAAAACUUUAAACAAAAAAAAAAAAAACAAAUCCUCUUUUUUUGUUGGAAGACAACAACCCCCAACUCUGAACAAAAUAUGCAAAAGUUUUAGCUAGAAUUUAUUAAUUUUAUAUUUGUAAAAAAUACAUUAUAUUAUUAUUUUUAUUAUUAUUAUUAUAUUUUUUUAUUGUUUUAUGUUUUAUUUUGUAAAUUAUAAUUUAAUUUUAUAUUAUACUUUUUCUUUGUUUAAGUUAAGCUUUUAAAAUAUUAUUUUAUUUGUAAUUUAAUUUUAAUUAAAAACAAAACAAAAUUGUGCAACAACAACAACAAAAAAACAAACCCUCAAUAAAAUUAUUGGACCUAUACUUUUAGUGGCUUAAAAAUAUUGUAAAUUAUAUAUAUAAAAUGCAAAAAAAUAAAGAAAACAAAUAAAAUUUGUAGAAAAA